GGCCGACCUCGGCACGCUCUGGCCCUUCCUCCAGCGGGCGCCGGGGGGUCCGCCGAGGGUGCUAUCUCGGGGUGGGAGUUAGUGUUUCUGCUCUGCAAUAUGGACACUUCCUGUUCACCGCUUCUCUUGGGCCCUCUAUCUCUGCCCUUCAUUUCUUAUUACUGGGAAGGCGAGAGGUCGUGAGGGCGUGUGCGAGGUCCCUCAGCCCUUCUGAGUUCGCCCCGCGGCAAAAGCCGAGAGUUUGGAACCCGGGAAGAAGGUGGGAGUCAGGGGAAAGCCGCCCAUGUGUGUAGUGCUCCAUUUUACUAUACUCCACCCCAUUGCCCCUUUGCAGAAUGCCUCUGUUGCCAUCGCCGCUCACGAGAGUUAGCGUGUCUUAAUUCACUGGGGGCACACUCUCGGGAAUCUUCCGGGACCUGAUUUCUGCUUUAAAGGCUCUUUAAAGCAGCCCCUAUACUUCGUUUUCUGUUUAUAGAAAAAAAGCCUUAGCGUGCAAGGAAAUGACACACAACUUCUUUCUUUCACCCCAACUCUGAGGUUGUGGGAAGAGGUCGAUUGUUAUUUCCAGGUUAGUUUACACUGUUAAUCCUGUCUUCUGAUUGUGACAGCCACGUGGCCGACUGAGUGUCAUUGAGUGCCCUAGUGCCUCUAGAGCAGAGGCUUCAGUGGCAGCCAGGGGCUUUGUAGCCCUGCACUUGCUUUGGACCCACAUUUUGGUGUUUCCUGAGAUGGGGAAGUGGAGAAAGUUGAAUUGUUCUUCUCUAUCUCUGUUCCAACCAAGUCGACUUCUCCCUAUUUUCCUGCAGUCCGUGUAAGGUGCCUUCUCCUGUUUUGAUGAUUCCUGUGUAAAAUCUAAGCAGUAUUAGGUACCAUUAAGGAGUGUUGGGGAACAGAAGAGUACAUUAUGAAGUUUCUCAACUCUGGGAAAAAAAAUCCGUUUGAAUUUCAGAGUGGUUAAGUUUCUAAUGUAAUCAGAAGUAAUCACAUUCUGGAGGAUUUCUUUUUGAUAGUUUCAUUAUGACCUGAAAAGAUGUAUUACUAGUGGAAAUACUUGUUCAGAGAUAAAAUACUUUGUUUGAUUUGUGCAUGGGCACUUUUUUUUUUAAGGAAAGUAUUAACAGCUAGUAUAGAUGUUAACAUCAACAGAUUUUAAAGAAAUGAAACUAUUUUAGAAUAUAUAAAAGUAAGAGGCCAAGGGCUGAAGAUCAAAAAGAACAAAAAGCAAAAUAAAUAUAUUAUUAAAUGAUUUUAAAGUAAGAUAGGUUAAAAAAUGUUGAAGAUAGAUAUUUGGACAGUUUGGAGUUUUCAGAAUUUAGGUAUCAAUACAUACAAUUUUAAGUACAUACAAUCUUUGAUUUCAUCAUGUUAAAUUUUGUAAAUGUUUUGGUGAAUUUGAAUUAUUUCUGUAACAUAUGUUUUUAUUUGCAUCAGUUUUAUUUGAAGAGUGCUAAACCACAGGAAACAUUUAGAAUUAUGUGGAAAAGUUAUAGCAGCACCAUUCGUUAGAAUUUUAAUAUGCCAUAAUAAUGGUUUUCAGGGAAGUUAAUAGCUAAAAAGAUUGGAGAGGCUUCAGUGCAAAAAAGACAAUGCAAUUGAGAAGUGAAUAUGUGGGGUGACCACUGAGACCAAUGCAUAGUUGAGAAAGAAAACUAAAUGAGAUGAAAAAGUACUUAUAUAAUGGAGGAAACACUGAAAACAUAUGCUGGGAGAUAACUACAUUAAUAGUUAUGGGAUGUGGCUAUCAAAUAAAACUUUACAAAGUGCCAUCCAAACAAGGAUUAAUCUUGUUCUUGUGGCAGCUUGUAUAUGUGUGCCUUGCUUUUGGAUUGUUGUCAUUUUCGCAACUGGAUUUUGCAUACUUGCAAAAAGGUCUUCCAGAAUAAAGGGCCCAAUUCUUUGUUGAUUGCUUAGGGAAGAAAAAGUGCUCUAGGAUUUGAUCCUUAUUCUUGGGUUGAAGAGACAUGAUUAAUACAUGUGAAAAAAAAAAUUUACAGUGUGAGAUGAUAUAAUUAGGAGUUAAAUUGUAUGAUGCAGGCAGGUACUGUAAGAGUUGAGAAGGAAAUUAGAAGGUUUGAGCAAGAUAGAGGGGUAACUUCUUGAAGAGAGUAAGGUUUUUGCUUUCAGAAGCCUUACCUUCAUGUUAGUCCCCCUAGAUUAAUCUUCCUAAAGAUUAUAUCACUUUUAAUGACCAAAACCUCUUAUAUCAAGAGUAAUUUCAAAUUUCUUCUCAAGAGUUUUUGAAAUUUGGACCUAGUCUCCCAUCUUAUCUUCCACAGGAACUGUUCAUUAUUUACUACUUCAACAUGGUGUAACAAUUUACUUUUUCCCUUGGCUGAUACAACAUUUUUCUGUUGGAAAUGCACCUACACACAUCCUCUUAACCACUGAAAAUCGACUCAAACUUGAGGCUUGGUUAAAAUGUUAAUUGUCUUGAGAGCCUUGGAAUCAUUUUAGACCUGCCUUCCACCUCUCAAACGGAAAAGUCUUAUUCUCUUGGGUUGUAGCAUUCUAUAUUACCUUGUGUGUUUUUUUUUAAUAGUUUUCGAGCACCUACCAUUUGCCAGGCACUGUUAUGGGAACUAAGGCUACAGCCUUGCAAAACAGAUUCCCUGUUUUUCAUCCCAAGAAAAUUACAAAGUCUUUGACCACCCAGAGGAGUCUUCCCUCCACCGCCCCCAGAUAGAUGCUUAAGUUACUAAUUGAAGUGUGGAGGCCUAAGAAUGAUGCUUUGGAAAACAAAACGACAUGGCGAACUAAGUACCUGGAGCAGCCUUUCUGCUGAAAACAACCUAAAAUGCUGGAUCAAAUGCAUCAGUGCUCAGGCCCAAAAGUAAAGACUGUUUAAACCGAAUAUUAAUUGGAAACCCAGUGAGAACUGUAAGAGUAAAUGGGUCCAGUAAUUGGAAUGACUCCAGAAAAGAGAGCUGAAACUCCAGGAGCUGAAAAGGUUGCAGGAUUGAGCCAGAUUUACAAAAUGGGAAGCUUGCCUGAAGCUGUUGAUGCUGCCAGGCCAAAGGCCACUCUAGUGGACAAUGAGUCAGCAGAUGAUGAACUCACAAACUUGAACUGGCUUCACGAAAGUACUAAUCUCCUAACAAACUUCAGCUUUGGAAGCGAAGGUCUUCCAAUUGUUAGUCCAUUGUAUGACAUAGAAGGAGAUGAUGUGCCAUCCUUUGGACCGUCGUGCUAUCAGAACCAAGAAAAAAAAUCAGCAACUUCAAAGCCCCCAUACUCCUUUAGUCUUCUCAUUUAUAUGGCUAUUGAACACUCUCCAAAUAAGUGUUUGCCAGUCAAAGAAAUUUAUAGCUGGAUUCUGAACCGCUUCCCAUAUUUUGCAACUGCACCAACUGGCUGGAAGAAUUCUGUUAGACAUAAUCUGUCCCUGAAUAAAUGUUUUCAGAAAGUGGAAAGAAGCCAUGGCAAGGUUAAUGGAAAAGGUUCCUUAUGGUGUGUUGAUCCAGAAUAUAAACCCAACCUUAUGCAGGCACUGAAGAAGCAACCUUUCUCCUCAAAAUCCACAUUUUACAGCCCUCCUGCAUCACCACAAAGUGGUUCUUUAUCACCUCACUACUUAAGCUCUGUACUCAAGCAAAACCAGGUGCGAACUCUCAAAGAAUCUGAUAUUGAUGCUGCCACUGCAAUGAUGCUUUUAAAUACUUCUAUAGAACAAGGAAUUUUGGAAUGUGAGAAGCCUCUGCCUCUUAAAACAGCAAUGCAAAAAAAGAGGAGUUAUAGCAAUGCAUUCAAUCAUUCCAGUGCUAUGCGAUUACAUGAGAGUGAUUCUUUAGCCACCAGCAUUGAUCCAAAAGAAGACCACAAUUACAGUGCAAGUAGCAUGGCAGCACAGCGUUGUGCGUCCAGGUCUAGUGUGUCUUCUCUGUCUUCUGUGGAUGAGGUGUAUGAAUUUAUCCCAAAGAGUAGCCAUGUAGGAAGUGAUGGCAGUGAAGGAUUUCUCAGUGAAGAAGACACAGACGUUGAUUAUGAAGAUGAUCCACUUGGAGACAGUGGCUAUGCAUCGCAGGCUUGUGCAGAUACCACUGAAAAGGGGCAGCCAAACAAAAAGAUGCGAAAACAAGCAUGUCAAGAAAUUGAUGAGGAGCUCAAAGAGGCAGCUGGAUCUCUGCUCCACCUUGCUGGUAUUCGUACAUGUCUAGGUUCUCUAAUAAGUACUGCAAAGACACAGAAUCAAAAGCAGAGGAAAAAAUAGAAAUACUUACUAGUGUGAAAUUAUUUUUAAAUGCGGCAAUACUCUUCUACUUAAUUCUUUACAAGGGAUAUCAAAGCCAUAAUGGACUUCUUUUGUUUUAGGGUGGGGGAGGGGUGCUAAUUGUUUAUUUCAAAAUAUUUUUGUUUUUUGAAUUUUUAUUAAAUAGUUGCUGUUAGGAUCAUGUCCAAUCAUCAAUAUGAUGUGAAAUCCUAAAUGCAUAAUUUUUGUGAUAAGUGUCUUCAAGAUUGGAAAUUUUAUGUUAAAAAAAAAAAAAGUCCCGAGCCUCUGUCUUAAACUUGUAGGGAAGUCUUUUGUUCUGUUAAUAUGUCCAAGUGUAAGAAAUGGCAACUCUUAACUUUUUUUUUCAUUUUCUUUUCCUAUCUGUAAUUAACUAUAGUUGCCAAUCCAGCUAGAAAUUUUGCUACUUUCUUUCUCCCAUACUCCUCUCUUCACACGUGUAAUCCAGUAGGAUGAGAUUUGAAUAUUUUAUUUUGUCUUAAUUUUUGUUUUUAAUUAUUUUUUGUUGACACAUGAACAAAGUUGAAUGUAAGUUGGAAAAGAUCCUAAAUGUCCAGAAAGUUCCUUUUGCAUACAUUGGCAAAGAGAUAGCAAAAAGUUCUAAGAUUUAGAAAAGGCAAUUUUGUGAUGUAAUUUCAUCUAAGAACUUCAGUUCCUGUUACAAUAUUAUUUUUUUCAAAUUUUUUAACUUCCCAGACAUUCCAUAGUGUUGAUUAGAGCCAUUUAUUGGAGCCAAAGUGCUCUGCAACCAUUAUUUUGAUUUUAGCCACUAGCUGUCUUUGCUGAGGAGAAAGUAUCCAAUGAAAGGAUAUAGCCAUGGAGUCCCAUUUAGGCACACUUUUGCAAUAAGAGGAUCUUUCAUUGGCUUGUUAAAUGUACUGCAUUCUGAAAAUUACAUGAAUGGAGUGUAAUCUAAUAUAAACAUUUGCAUAUGUGUUAUUUAUGUCAUCAUAAAUAAAGGUAGAUCAUUUAGGAAAAAACUUCUAUUCAAGCUUUGUAUGAAUUAAAUUGUAUGUGCACCCAAUUAAGUUAAAGGAUUUAACAAAACUAUAGAGAUAAAAUGCCUUCAUGAAUUUUAAAAUUUGUAUAAAAUUUUAUAAAUCCUUUUAAGGAGGUAGUGUAAUUAUGUGCCAUUAAAUCCAUCCUAAAAGAUUUUGUUACUCUUCCAAAUGUGUAUUGCCCAAGGCCUUUUUCAGUACUUGAACAAAUCUGCUUGUAUGAUACACAUUUUUUCAUAUCAUUUGUAUAGCUUGACUAUAUCAUUCAAAAAGGACAAAGGAUACUAAUAAAGUUAAACUUACUCAUAAUGUAUUUUUUACAAUGGCAAAAGCAGCUUUCUAAAAGUUCAGUCUCAUGCUACAUCUUGUUUCAUGGACAAUGACCUUGUUUUUAUUUUCUGAUAAUUUCAUAUAUACAUAUACAUACAUAUACACAUAAGCUUAUGAUUUUGGUUUGUUACUUUCAGCUGUUUCUAUGAUGAUAAAGCAUUUUUAAAAAAAGACAUUUUUAUUUUAACAUGUAGAGUUUAUUUGAGCAUAACUGUCAAAUGAGAACCAUAAUGAAAAUGUCUUUUUCAGUUGUCAAGACAUUAAGCCAGGGAUAACAACUUUAUCUGUCCUGUUUCCAUGUUAACUGUAGUUGAACCUGGAUAGCCACAGUGAUAGAAUUGCUGCUGUUGAAAUUAAUAAUCUUUCAAUUUGUUGAUAAUAAGUAUGCAGGAUGAGGUAUUGAAUUUUUUGUUCUUCAUAUAUAUCACAUCUGCUGCAUAAAAUUGCUAACCUAAGUUAACAUCUUUUACUAUACACAGUGAAUAUAACACCAAAAAUUGUUAAAUUGCUUUAUCACAGUAUAAAUAGUACACAGGGCUUCCCUGGUGCCUCAGUGGUAAAGAAUCUGCCUUCUAUGCAGGAGGCCCAGCUUCACUCCCUGGGUUGGGAAAAUCCUCUGGAGAAGGGAAUGACUACCCACUCCAUUA